CUUUAUCAUAAACUCUCGUGUUUGGUGUUUUCAGAUUGAGAUUCAACGAUAGCACGCUAUCACUGAAAAAAUUUUAUUCCCACAAAAUCUAUCAUUUAUUCAGAGAACAUCAACAGUUUAUUAUCUCACCAGCCCUGAUCCUGAGCCCAUCGACCGGUGAGUGGACAAAUAAUUUCUCAUUAUUAUCAAAAUCGAGACAAUCGAACAGCUCCGGGGAGCGAAUAUCGGUGGACAUAACCUAGCACAUCGAUAUCGGAGUGAUUAAUUUGGAGUCCAGGUGGAUUCCCGGGGUGAUUGUUUAUCGAUAAUUGAGCGGUAAAAUUAGGGGAAAAAUGAGCCCUUUGAACAGAGGACCGUUGCUCGGUCCAAGAAUGCCACCAGCUGGUAUGCGACCACCACCGAGAUUUGGAAGGCAUCCGAUGCCGGGUAUGCCACUGCGUAUGCCACCACCACCAAUGCCACCGAUGGGUGGAAUGUUUGGACCCAUGAGACAGAGAAUGCCACCACCACCACCGAGACCUGGUGGUAUGAUGAGACCAGGGCCACCACCUCCGCCACCGCUUUUUGGCCCGAGAGGUCGAGGACCUCCACCACUCAUGAUGCCCAUGAUGGGACCCAGGUGUAUGGGACCCAGGGGGCCUCCCAUCAGGCCUGUACCCAGGGGAAUUCUUCCUCCUCAGGGGCUACCACACAUGAGACCAAGGUUUCCACCUGGUAAUGGAAACAUGAAGGUCAAGAGCAUCAAUAAUGCCAGGAAAGUCAACAAAUUGGAGGAGCUCGAGUUAAAGAAACCCUGGAUGACAGAUGAGAUUCGUAGUGAGAUACAGAAGAAAAACAAACUAUAUGCCAAAUCCAAAAAGAAUAAGGAUGCUAAAGAGUGGGAGGAGUUCAAAGAUCUGAGAAAUAAAGUGACGAGGAUGAUCAGAGAUGCGAAGAACGAGUAUCUUGCCAAACAUCCAGACCAGGCAGCACUCUACCAAGAUGAGCCACUCUAUUGUGAUAUAAGGGAUGAGAAUUAUACGAGCAGUGAAGAGGAUGAUAAUUACUACUGUGAAAUAUGUGAUCGUGAUUUUCAAACAGAAAAAUUACUCGAUGAUCACAAGAGAAUACAUCGAGUUUGUGGUAUCGAUGGUUGUACCUUUUCUGCUCAUCCCAAGUUGAUUGAAAAACAUAUCACAAUGCAACAUUGCACUGGCCUGUAUGACAGGAUGAAAAAUAUUAAAACACCUGAAGAUAUUGACAAUUGGAUUGCCGAGAGGAAGAGGAAAUAUCCAACCAAAUCGAAUAUCGAGAUGAAAAAGGCAGAGACUCUCGAGAAGAAAGAGAGAGGAGAAAUUAUUGAACGGGGUAAAAGUAAAAUUCAGUCUUCCCAGCAAACUAGGAAGCCAGUGCGGGAGCGGAAACGUAGAGGGAAAAAAAGACGAAUUUUUGAGUUUAAAGCGGAUCCUGUAGAGGAUGGAGAAUCUCAGUGCUGCAAUGGGAUUCAGCCGUUCAGAGGGACAUAUUCACUGGUGGAAGUGGAGGAAGACGUUGCUCCGGUUGAAUCAGUAGACAACAGUCCAUCAGGCAUUCAAUUCUCAGACGAUGAGGAUGACGCAAUCCCACCCAAUAAUUCAAAUAUUGAAUUAAAUCCAGUGUUCAGUUUGGUAGCUGAUUAUGGAAGUGAUUCCGAUGAUCUCCCAGAAGAACUGCCAAUAAAAAAGAUGAAAUUAGAGGACCCUGAGAAAAUAGAGUCUCUUCCGGUGCCAGUCAUGACUCCAGCGAAGGCAAAAAAUUCCAGAAAAGAGUCCAGUAAGAUGAACCCUAGAAAACCAACUGACGAACCCUCAAAUUCCAUGGGUAAGCCACACCCAAAAAGGCUGAUGCUGCUGGAGCGAUUGCUCUCCAGAUCAAUUCAGCACGAACGAAAUUACAUCUGCCAAUGCAUAAAAUAUAUUGCAGACAACAAUUUUUUUGAAUAAAAAUCGAAACUCUGGCACUCUUGUAAAAUAAACUGCCUUUAUUAUACAAA